UUUGCCAGAACCAGUGGGUCAUGCUCUCUUGGGUAGUGGCUUCUUUUUCGUCUGCCUGCUAUGCCCGCCACCGCUGCACCCCCUUUAUUAGCAUCCACCAGCUGAGACAACUCAACAAACAGAGCAGGGGUUUCAUCGGCAGGAACCUGCAAGCAGUGAGAGAGGAAGACGGAGGGAAGGAGGAGAUGGGCAGCUCAUCGGGGCUCGUCGACUGGAGGGGGAGGCCGAUUAACAGCAAGAAGCAUGGAGGAGUAAGAGCUUCAAUCUUUAUCCACGCUCUGGUGCUGCUUAGCAACGCUGCCAACAUAGCCAACAUCAUGAACCUGGUGACCUACCUCCGUGGCACCAUGCACAUGGGGGUUGCGGAGGCCUCAACGACGGCGAGCAACUUCUUCGCCGCGCUGCAGAUGUUCUCCAUCCCCGCCGCCUUCCUCGCCGACUCCUACAUCAAGCGCGUCUACGCCGUCCUCAUCUUUGGACCUAUAGAGAUCCUGGGCUAUAUCCUGCUAGCAGUCCAAGCGCACAUCCCAAUGCUGCACCCGCCGCCGUGCAGCCAGACCGGCGCCACCGCCACCUGCGAGCCAGUCCAUGGGUCUAACCUGAGCCUGCUCCUCCUGGGCCUCUACCUGAUCCCCAUCGGUGACGGCGCCGCACGGGCCUGCCUGCCGGCGCUGGGCGGCGACCAGUUCGACACGGCCGACCCCGCGGAGCAGAGGCAGGAGACAAGCUUCUUCAACUGGUACACCUUCGCCGUCUCCUCCGGCGGCUUCCUCGGGCUUGUGCUCAUCGUCUGGGUCCAGAACAGGCAAGGAUGGGACAUCGGUUUCGCCCUCUGUGCUCUCUGCGUCCUGCUCGGGAUGCUCAUCUGGAUUGCCGGGUUCCCAUUCUACCGCAAUCAGCUCCCUGGUGGAAGUGCCAUCACCAGAAUGCUUCAGGUUCUCGUGGUGGCAUUCAAGAAAAGGAAUGUUGAGUUACCCAAGGACACAAGUGAACUGAAACAGAUGAACCAAGAUGACAGCAAUAAUGGGCUUGAAAAGCUGGAAAGAACAGUGGGCUUUCAGUGCCUUGAGAAAUCUGCCAUAGACACUGGAGAGACGGGGCCAUGGUCGCUGUGCACGGUGACCCAGGUGGAGGAGACCAAGAUCGUGCUCCGCAUGGUGCCCAUAUUCCUCAGUGCCAUCCUCGGCUACAUCCCAGUGCCACUGAUCCUCAACUUCACAGUGCAGCAAGGGAACACCAUGGACACCAAGCUCGGCGCCAUCCACAUCUCCCCUGCCACGCUCUUCCUCAUCCCAACUGUCUUCCAGAUGGUCAUCCUGGUCCUCUACGACCGCUUCAUCGUCCCUUUCCUGCGCAGGAUCACCGGAUACGUUGGUGGCGUCACGCACCUCCAGCGCAUCGGCAUCGGGUUCCUCUCGGCCACCCUCGCCACCGGCGUCGCCGCCCUUGUUGAGACCAAGAGGAAGAGGGUCGCAGAGGAGAAUGGUCUCAUGGACGCUGCCACAGGGAUCCCUAUCUCUGUCUUCUGGUUGACCGUGCAGUUCUUCCUCCUCGGGGUCGUUGACGUCACCUCCUUCGUGGGGCUUCUCGAGUUCUUCUACAGCGAGGCGUCGACGGGGAUGAAGUCCGUAGGGAGCUCCAUCUUCUACUGCAUCCUUGGGGUGUCAGCUUGGCUGGGGAGCUUGCUCAUCCAGGUGACGAACCAGGUCACGAGGCGUGGCGGCAGCGGGGCGGCGGCGGCGGCAACAGGGUGGCUGGAUGGGACGAACUUGAACAUGGGCAAGCUUGAUAGGUUCUAUUGGCUGCUUGCUGUUCUGGAGCUGGUGGCAUUCUUCAUUUACAUGUUCUUCGCGUGGAGGUAUGAGUAUAGGAAUAACCAAAGGGUUGUGGACAAUACAGGAGAUACCAAGGCUCCAUUGGCACCCGAAGGCGCUGCCGGUGAUCUGAUCAUCUAGAUGUGUGCUACUCUUAUUGACCCUUUCUUUGACGAGGCUUUUACGUUGUUCUUAAAUUACUUAAGUAACGUAUUACAUCCUGUACUAUUGUAAUAUUUGGUUAGGGAAUGAGUGCUCUAUUCAAAUUUAUUGCUUCUGGUCGAUUUAUAUGUUUCUGUAGACCCAAUAUGUGAACAUUAUUGUUUGAUAUUGUGGUAUUUUCUUGCCCUGAAGAAACAUUAUUCCAAUGUUUUUAUCAAGAUCGA